AUGGAGGAAAUCGAGGAGCCGACGCUGCUUCAGACGGUUCGAGCGCAUACGGGUGAGGUGACGUGCGUAGACGCGUUCGGUGCUCGGUUGGCGACAGGUGGCGGGGAUCGCGUGCUGCGCCUGUACGAGUGGGAGCGCGGCAGCGGCUGGAGCGAGACGGCGAUAGCGCGCGCCGCUCACCGCUACGGCGUGACGGCGGCGCGCUACUCGCCCGCGGCCGCGCUGCUGGCCUCGGCCGGCGUCGACGGCGUGCUGCGCGGGCGCCGAACGCUAGCGGCGGCCGGUGCGGUGGCAGCGCGCGCCCUGUGUUGGGUGGGCAGCGUGCGCUUGCUGGCGGGCCACGACGACGGCGCGCUGUACGUGUGGCACGUCGCUAGGGCGAGCGUGUUGUCGCGGCUGGCGGCUCACGAGGGAGCGUUGUACGCCAUCGCUGCACCGGCCCACGGCGCUCUUCUCCUCACUGCAUGUACUGAAGGCGUCUUGAAGGUUUUCGAUUUAGUGGAGGUGUGCCAAAGUGAGGAGAGUAAGCCGCCUGCGCCACUCCUGUGGGUAGACGGUGCGCACGACCUCGGAGCGAUGGCAGCAGAUGCGGCGGCAGAUGGUAUGCAUGCAGCAACCGGUGGUCAUGACGCAAAAAUACGAAUCUGGCGAGUGCACUGGACAGAAGGUGGAUGUCGUAGUCUGCAACCGGCGAGUACUUUAGAAGGUCAUACUGAUUCAGUAACAGCGCUGCGCUGGGCAGGGGCGGUCCUCGCAUCUAGCGCGUUGGACCGUACGGCACGCUUGUGGCUACCACGUGCCGGAGCAUGCCUGCACGUGGUCCAUGCACAUGCACGAUACCUGACAUGCAUCGCCCUAUCUGCAGACCUUCGCUAUAUGGUCACGGGUUCUAACGACAAGUCUGUGCGCAUGUGGUCGCUGGGCGAGCUCACUGUGGAUGGCGAGCUGGAGCCGGUGUGCGAUCCCUUUGCUCACUUUGCUCUCGGGGACUUGGAGGGAAUAGGACCAGUAGAUGAAGACGCUUUAGAAGAUGCAGGAAAGGGCGAAGAUAGUAAAGAGGAUGGCGGCACAGAGUGCGUGUGGCGGUGCGAGGCACACACCGGUCCCGUCAACUGCAUAGCUGUGUGUGGAGUUUUGAUCGCAACAGCAUCCAGUGACGGACAAGUGAAGAUUUUCCGUUGGGAUGAGGAGUCUAAAUUAGCCAUGAUGGAGCGUUCACUGGAGGCGCACGAGUAUCCGGCGCUGGCAUGCGAAUUCGGUGCCGGCGGUGCUGUGUUGCUGACUGCAGGAAUCGAUGGCUGUGCGCAUUUAUGGGACGUACAGUCUGGUUGUUUGCUGAGAUCGCUGUCGGUGCCGGCGGGCGGCGGCGGGGAGGCGGGCGGCGGCGGGGGCGGGGGCGGCGUGCGGGGGGCGCGCGUGUCCCCGCACCGGCCGCCGCUGCUGCUGCUGGCCACCGACGACGGCCUCGCGCCGCUCAUGUACGGUGGUCACGCGGAGGCAGCGACUUGUUGCGCUUGGAGCGGCGACGGCCGCGCGCUGGUCACCGGCGCCGGCAGCGGCGAGCUGAUCGUGCGCUCGCCCCCGCCUGCGCCACGUGACCUUUGCGUUCAACAGAAUGCACACGAAGGAGAUGGGUCCUACUUACUCGCCAGCGCUGGCUCCGAUUCAUUAAUCAAGUUGUGGGUUAUCGAACUAGAUGAGGAAGCGGUAGAAGCAAACAUUAAACUUGCGUGUGCCGUAUUAGCUCAUGGCAAUGGAGCCACAUGCGCGCGUUGGGGUGUUGGAGGGCUACUGGCGUCGACGGGUUUUGACCAGUGGGCUCGUGUAUGGCGAGUGGAAUCCAACGGGACUGAAUUGUGUCCAGUGACGGCGGUACCAACGGGGAGCGCAGGUGGAGCGCCUGCCGUUGCUUUACUUCCAGGAUUAUUGGCCGUGGGAUCACUAACGGGUGAACUCGCAUUGUGGCGGUUACCAGAAGGGGAUUGCGCUCUAGACUCUGAUGACGCCGAGCUGCCGAGAUUUUGGGGAGAAGAGGGGGUAGCACGUUGGCUGCAUGAAUACAUCGUACGAGUACCAGGUGUACCCGGAGCGCUGGGGCCAGAGUUGGAAGUGCAGCUGAUAAAGUGUGCACGAGAGGCGUCGGUAACAGGAGCGCGGCUACUCGAUGACCCCGUCGACGAGCUACUUGCUAUUUUCGGAUAUGGUCCCGAGGAGAGCGAGCGGGACGUCGCAGAUGUCGCAGAAGUGCGAACACGUUUCGUAGACGAGCUGCAUUGGUUGCGGGAACCACCGCCCCCGGCCCGACUCGUGAGCGUUCUCUUUCGUAGCGAAUCCGGGGAACGACUAAAUUUUAGCGAGCGGAAGCGUUCGAGACGGGCCGAUCUCCGAAACGAAAAGUGUCACGAAUCCCGCAUUUUAAUCCCGAAUCGAGUUUUCAUAUCGCCCCGAAGACUCGAAGUCGGAGAUAUCGGUCGGGAGGCGGGAGGGAGCCGUCUCCCGCCCCGUUCGAAAGAGCCCGAGGAGCGCGGCGAGGGAAGGCGGAUUUUUUCCCCGGAAGCGAAGAUAACACAUAAAUACUGGGACGGAAGGGCAUGGACCGCGCCGCACUCGCUGCUGUGCCCCGAGUCGCACGCGCUGCUGGCGGGCGCGGGCGCGGCGGGGCCCGUGCGCGCGCCCGACGCCCGCACCCGCGCCCGCGCCGCGCACCACGAGCGCGCCCUCGCCGCCCCCGCCCCCGCCCGCGCCCCCGCGCCCGCCCCCGGCCGCGCCCCGCGCCGCAUCGCGCCCAACUACCGGCUGGCCGCCGCGCUGCGCGCGUACCUGCGCCUGCAGCAGCCCUACACGUGA